GAGGUAUAUAUAUAUAUAUAUGUAAUGUCCUCGUCGACUACCUUCUCCCGCCAUUCCCGUCGUCACUUUCCUCUCGCUGGUUAUGCUGUACUUCGCCGCCGCGUCUGUCGUCACGCAUUGAUAUUUAGAUUCCGCUCUCUUGAGCUUCUAGGGGCUGUUUGGCAACGGAAUUUAUUCAGGAUUUAGAAUUCUUUUGGAUUGAAUCUGGACAGAGGAUUGCGAGAUGACUUUUGAAGAAGGGGGUAAGAUUUCAGCAGAUAGCUGCAUGGAAAUGGAACCUUUAACUGGGUUUGAGAUUAUUAAGGACAAUAUUGACUCCGUUCCUUCCAAAGUCUCCUGCUUGGAGGAAACAAGUGUUCUGGAAGUGAAAGAUUCUUCUUGCCAAGCUUCUUGUUUGGACAAAGGCGUGUGUUGCGAAUUCAAAGAUGUCAUGUCAUUUCCGCCUGUCAAUUUGAGCUUGUUUGAUUCUACCAUUCAUUUCCAGAAUGACGGAUUUACUGAAACCUCUUCAUCAUCGUCAGAUCAGACGGAGGAUGACGAGAUGGUUUUGGAAAUUGAGACUCCAACUAAAAGCAUAUUUGAUCCAUUUGCUCCUGGAACUGAUGAUUUAAUGCUCGCGCCCAAGAAGAAGAAGUUAAGGAAUUCAUAUGUACCUUUUCGGAGGCGGCUGGAUUUUAAUGCUGGAAGCGAGUCUAAAGAAAAUGUAGAAGGUGAUUCAGUUAAGGAUUUUGAUGAAGAGGAGCAAAUUUUCGAGUCAGUUUUCAAUUCUUUAUUUGAAAUGAUAAUUUCCAUUCAGCUCAAAGAGAUUUCAGCUGAGACCAUGGUGACAGAUUCUGAUCUUGCUGAAGAUUGCAAGACACCCUUAUCUUUGACUUUGCUGUCAAGUAAUACAGAAGCUUGUCCGCCUGCUCCUAUGAAACCAAAAUUGAUCUUAGAGAGACAGAGUCAUAAUCUUUGUCGAAAGCUGGACUUUGGAAACAACUUCAACUGAUACUUGGCUUCUGGUGGAAAUCAGUUGUUGGCUCCAUAAUGUUGUGGAACAACAAAGGCAAGUGUUUUAUCUUUACUAAUUAUUCAUAGAGGCCAAGUUUUGAGAGAAAUGAUUGCAUCUAUAUUUGGUAACGGUUAAAUCCUAAAAUAUGGUGGAUUAAUUAUUGUUUCUGGUUUUGGUGAUUAUACAUGUAAAGAUCUGUAGUAGUUGUUUAUUCUGUAACUUUUGCUUGUUAGAAUCAUUGUGAUGUUUUGAAAUAUGUAUGAAGGGAAUGAGGAUUUGUCGAUUAUUGUAGCUAUCCUCUGAUGACUUCUUUAUUGUAAAAUAUUAAUCAUGUCCUUAACUUUUAGGAAUUUUAUAUUACAAAGUGCUGGUCCUCA